CAUGAAUCAUGGAAUACCAUCACAAAGUUCACAAGGGUCAUUCCGCAGUUAACAUCUUAAGAUAGUCCGCUAUUUACGGUGCAAAGAAACAAUUUAAUUUACGAAAAUAAAUAUAGAUGUCUUGUUGCUCAACGUUUCCACUGCGACUGGAGUCUACUGUUGCUUGCAUUAAACCUUAUCACCGAUUCCGUUAUCACAAAUAAAACAAAAAUACACGCAUCGGGUUUGUUAUCUCCUAUAGAGAAACAAGUUCACACAGUGCUGGUAUGUACACAAUUUCGUUUACGACAAUAUUUUUCACGAAUCAAUAGGUCAUCAUCACAUCGUUCGUGAAUCGGCAUGUGAAGUGCAGACAAUUCUUUCCAGUAAAUUCAUUUUUUUUUGUGAGAGAAGAAGAAGGCACAGUCCAUCGACAACAGCUGAUCCCAUUUCAUCGCAUGCCGACGGAUAGAGAGGAUUCAUAUAAAGACUGUGCUGGCUUAUUGUCGGGGGGUGAAAUAAUGGAGGGCGAACGGACCGAUAUGCUGCCGAGUGCAAUAACCUUCAUCGAUAAUAGGCUUUGUUACACGAGCCAGAGAUGUCACAAAAUACCGGAAGCUUUGGUGAAGUUGUACGGAAGCAGAGUGCACAGCUUGGAUUUGAGUUACAACGAGCUUGUCAGUCUGAAGGGACUCGAAAGGUUCUCUUUCCUCAGGGAACUUGUCCUCGACAACAAUCAUCUUGCAGAUUCCAUAGUGUUUCCCUAUUUACCUCACCUGCACACGCUCUCACUCAACAAAAACCAGAAUACUAUUUGAAUCUCUUCCACCCUUUCUGAUUUCGUUUUCUCGACUUCUCUUUCAUACCUUAU